AUGGCCAUUGUCAACCCGCUCGGCGCAAACUCGCCGUGCACUGUUCAUGCCGCCACCUUUACAGCUGCGCUCACCGACGCCUCUGGCACCGUCCUCGGCACUCUCACCACGCCAUGGACUCCGACUGCGAUGCCCAACCCCACCACGGUUGCCUUGGACAUCGCUACCUCACUUAUCUUCCCGCUCCACUCGGACGGCACAGCUUUUGCCGCCUGGGUCUCCUGCUUUGUCGAUGCGCCACAAAUCUCGCUCACACUCACCGGCACCGCCUCGGUCAACGCCACCCUCGCCGCCGGUACCAUGAUCCUCGCAUCGCUCCCGUUUGACGUCGCCAUCCCUCUCACUGGCUUUAGCGGCUUUACUGCUCCAGGCGCGACCCGCGUCAUCUCCUUUAGUCUGCCUGGAAAUGCGCCGACCGGCGGUGUGAUGCUUGACAUUGAUGCCGAGCUGACCAACCCCUCUGUCGCCUCGUUUGAUCUCGGCUCGGUCGACCUCGGUGUCUUCCACCCUUCCGGCGCCCGCUUAGGCUCAGUCACGGUCGGCUCUCUCGCCAUGACCCCCGGACCUAACGCACUGUCCAUGACUGGCGUUUUUGAUCCUCACUCGUCCGCCCUACCAGCUGCAUCGGACACCAUCUCCAAGUAUCUCUCCGGGCGCAACGCCUCGCUUGUCGUCCGCGGCACCUCGGGCACCACGUCCGCCGCCUGGCUCCGCUCCGUCAUCACCUCGCUCACCAUUCCGGUCACGCUCCCACCGUCCAACGACUCGGUCAUCCACGGUAUCGCCAUGAAGCGCCUCAACUUUGACGUUUUCCCGGUUGCCUCGCCCACCGUCGCCGGCACUGCCCUCGCCAUCUGGGCCUGUGCCUUUCACAUCACCCUCGACAUCUCGGCCCUCGCCCUCGACUUUACCAUCUUUGUCAAUGGCUCGGCUCUCGGCUCGGCUGCUGUCCCCUGGACGCCCGCCGUCUCAUCUCAGGCCGCCGGAACGCUUGUUGUUUCGUUUGAUCACACGCCCCUCACCGUCGCCUCGGGCCCACCUUUUCGCUCCUCAUUAACGACUUGCUCCUCCACGCCAACACAUCCAUUCGUAUGGUCGGCACCGCUUCGGUUGCGGCGGAAACUCCGUUUGGCAACGUCACCCUCUCGGCGCUCCCGGUCGACGAGCCAGUCUUUCUGCUCGGCGCUGCCGGCUUCUCCCACCCUCCCAUCGACGUCCGCUCUGCCAUCCUUGACACCGCGGUCUCCCACAACCAGCUCACCAUCAAGCUCGACCUUGGCAUCUACAACCCGUCGACCGCUGGCGGUCACCUCGGGAGGCUUGUCCUCUACGUCGGCUACAAGGGCGUGA